AUGACUGACAAGAAGACCAAGUGCAAAAUUGCGAUUGCCCAAGUUGGCACUGUUCUCUUCGAUUUUGAAGCAACAUUAGCCAAGUUUGAACAAUAUGUGAAGGAAGCCAAAGAAAAUUCUGCUGAUCUCGUCCUGUUUCCCGAAGCUUUCAUAGGUGGUUAUCCCAAAUUCUCCGAUUUCGGAGUUGUAUUAGGAACUAGAAGUGCAGAGGGGAGAGAAGACUUUGAAAAAUAUCAUUCAUCCGCCAUCCAAGAAUUCGGGCCAGAAUUCAAUAGACUUCGCGAUAUCGCUAAGUUAUAUAAAAUUACUGUCGUAACAGGAGUUAUUGAAAAGGAUCAGGGUACUCUGUACUGUUCAGUUUUCUAUUUCGGUCCUGAAGGCUACUUGAGUAAACACCAAAAACUUCUACCUACAGCUAUGGAGAGAUGUGUAUGGGGAAACGGGGAUUCCUUUUUCAUGAAAGCGGUCGAAACCGAUGUUGGUACGAUUGCAGCUGCCAUUUGUUGGGAAAACUAUAUGCCAUUGUACAGAUUCUAUCUCUACAGUCAAGGAGUUCAAAUAUAUCUUGCACCCACUGUUGAUGAUCGCGAAGUCUGGUUGCCUACUAUGAGAACUAUUGCCUUAGAAGGAAGAUGUUUCGUUGUGUCUGCUUGUCAGUUCUUGAAAGGGUCUGAUUACCCUGCUGAUCAUAAGAUGCGUAAACUUUAUAAGGACAAUGAGGUUUUGAUCAGAGGAGGCUCAUGUGCUGUAGAUCCGCUUGGUAAUGUGUUGGUUGAACCUGAUUUUUCAGGAGAAAUGCUCAGAUAUGUGGACAUAGAUCUCUCGAUGAUUAUCAAAGGCAAGUUCGAUUUGGAUACCGUUGGUCAUUACAACCGACCUGAUAUCUUCCAACUGCAUGUUAAAACAAGAAGCCAUCCACUGGAACGAGGAGUAGUAGAGGAAGAAGAGAAGAUGAAAGAUUAA